AUGUCGAAAAUGAGUUCCAAAGAUAAAGAUAACAAAACGUUACACGAUAAAUUGAAACAAUUCUUUCGCAUUAAUAAAGGUGAUUUUGUAAUUUAUAAAAUAAUAAAUUUAUAAAGUAAUAAACUUCUAACUUAUGUUGUGUAAAUUAAUUUUGCAACUAUAAUUUAUAAAUUAUAAUUUAAGAUUAUAGUUUAUAUAUUAUUUAUUUAUUUUAUAUAUUUAUUACAUAUUUAUAUAUUUGUAAAUAAAUCAAUACCGAAUUUAUUUUUAGGAAAUUAUAAAAAUCGUGAAGACUUCACAUUAACUCAUGAUCUUGAGAAAGAAAUUAGUCCUGAAAGUCCUGUGCACCAUCGUACGAAAGCAAUUAAAGAUCUGUGUGAUGCAGUUCUUAAUCAACAAUGGGAAGAUGUAGGUAGAUUGUAUAAAGCAGCUGAAAGAUUAUGGUAUUUAGUACAAGACCUUUUAGGAAAAGAUGUGCCCCGUGAACAUAGGCAUGUGACAUUAAAUUUUCUACGAUGUCUUGUUCAAGGUCAAUAUUCUAAAUUAUCUUCUCUUAUGAGAGUAAAGUUUUUUAUGGUUGUUAAGGAACAUAAUAUUCCUGAAGAUAUUGGGCCUAGAUUAGAACUUUUACAAAGCUUGACAGAAAAUGGAAAAGAUAUAUUACACUUAGAGGACAGAAUGGGACCUUUCUUGUUAGAUUGGAUGCCUAUUGUGACAACAGGAGAUGGAAAAAGAGGGGCCGAAUUUUUAUCGCUUCUUGUUAAUGUCAUAAAAUUUAACUCGGCUUAUAUUGAUGAAGACAUUAUAUCAGGCCUUGUUCAAUAUAUUUGCCAUCUAUGUUAUUGUAGUAAUAUCAGUGAAGUUGUUUCUGGAUGCUUAGAGGCUUUAGAUGCGAUUGUUUGUUACAGUAAUUUACAAUCUGAUUCAUUACAAACUUUUAUCAUAGCAUUAUGCCGAAGUGUUAAUGUUGAAACAUACUGUCAAAUAAGUUGGAAGAUAAUGCGUAACUUAUUGGGUACACAUAUGGGUCAUUCUGCACUAUAUACAAUGUGUCGCUUACUACAAGAUACAAAUUUUCAGAGAGAUGUUCGUUUACUUAGAGGUGCAGUAUUUUAUGUAAAUAUGGGUCUCUGGGGGACUCAUAAAAUUCAAAAAUUAGAAUGUACUCCUACAUCAGUUUUACCCUCAUUUUAUCAAGCUUUAAAAUGCAAUCAUCCAAUUGUUAUGUAUGAAGUUACAUUAUCAAUUCAAAGAUUAGUAAAUAAAUAUGGUGCUGAGUUAUGGGAUCCUACAUGGAGUAUUAUUCUCGAUAUUAUUGAAGAAAUUAUUUCUCAUACAGAAACCAGUAAUCAACCUGCAACUAAACAAGUCUCGGUGAAUUUACAUGAAACAAUAAAUAGCAUUGAAAAUUUACUGGAUAGUAACCAUUAUAAUGGUUGUGUUCAACGAUUUUAUGAUCUCGUUGAACGAUGUAGUGAUGCAAGACCUGAAGGUUCCGUUUUGAAAUUAAUUGAAUAUCGAGCACAAACUAUAGGACCUACACAUUAUCAAUGGCAAUCUAAAUUAGCAAAUUUAAUGGAACGUUAUUAUAAAAUUGAAACACGUACUAAUGUUAGAAUGAAAGUUCUUGAUGUUUUAACAAAUGUCGUUCAAGUUAAUAGAUCUAGAUAUGAAGACGAAUUAAUUGAGCGAACAAUUGUGCCAUAUUUUCAACACGUUGAUAUGGAUUCAGAUAUUACAAUUCGUAAUGGUGUUGCACAUUUACUUGUUGAUCUUUGUCUUGAGUGUGAUACAAAAAGAUGUUUAGAACUUUUAGAUAUAUUGGAGAAGGUAAUCAACAAGCCCUUCAUUUCUGAUGCUCCAGUUACAAAAGAUGGUGAUAUUAAAGAUGUAAAGACUGCAGUUGUUGGUGUGAUAAAAAUAUUAACAUCAAAAAUUUAUUAUUUACCAUCAAGUCAUGCCAUACGUGCUUACAAAGUUUUAGUGAAUCAUUUGGAACAGCAUUAUAAAGAACCAACUGUCUUCCAUGAUAUUUCUACAAUUCGAUACUUGAUUUUUGAAUGCUUUUUAAAAAUUAGAGCAAAUACGCUUUAUCAUCUUGGAUUUCUGGAUACUCAAAACUCAUCUAUAACAAAGUUCAGUCCAUAUUUAGUGUUAGAACAUGCAACGACUGAACGAAUGAAUAGUGGAGGAGGUGGCAACAGUCCUCCACCAGUUAGUCCAGCUCCAUUACAGCAUUUAUCUUGUCAAAUUACUCAUAUGUCAUUGGCACAUGCAUGCAAAGCUGUUAUUUCUUGUAUUAAAUCGGAAAAAGAUUGGAAAGUUUUGCAACUUGUAUUAAAAGAAUUGCCUCAAGUAAUGCAAAAUAGAGCAUUAAUAUUAUCACGACAUUCAAAUGACAUUGACUACUUUGCAACUGCACUUUGUUCAAUGGUCAGUGAUAAAAGUUUGAGACUUCCAGAGUCUCUCUACAAUGUUCCUCCAAAAUUUACUCUUUCAGAAUUUCGUGUUCAUGUUUUCCCAGUAUUAGCAUCAUUAGCUUCAUAUCAUGCUCAUCUGGAACCCAAUUUACAACAGCGUUUAAUAAAAUGUUUAGAGGUUGGUUUAACAGCAAAAUGUGCAAGUCAGUGUGUUACUAGUCUUACAACUUGUAUUUUAGAGAUGCGUGAUGCGAUGAACAAGCUUCUAUCUGAAGUACUUUUAAAUUUGUCAAAAAUUUCAGCAACAGUACAUAUAGCUAUACCAAUUUUAGAAUUUCUCUCUACUCUUACUAGACUUCCAAAAGUUUUUGCAAGUUUUAUUGGAGAUCAAUACAUGUCAGUUUUUGCAAUUUUAUUGCCAUAUACAAAUCCUUUCAAAUAUGAUCAUUAUACAGUAUCCUUGGCACACCAUGUAAUUGCUGUAUGGUUUUUGAAAUGCCGACUACCAUUUCGUAGAGAUUUUGUUCGAUUUAUUACUACAGGUUUGAAAGCUAAUGUAAUAGUUCCCUUUGAAGAGGGACAUUUGAUGAAGUCAGAUUUUAAUUUCAUAAAUGAAGAUUCUUCGAAUAGAAAACGUAGUUCAAGUUUGACAGAGCAGGGUAGUAGAGGUAGAAGAGAAAGGCCUAUAAUGGCUAAUCGCAUGAUAGGAGAUAAUAAAGUUUCAGAUUUAAAGCCUCCAAUUGAUGAAGCUUUAAUGACUUUUCAUGUAGAGCUUACUGAAACUUGUAUCGAUCUUAUGGCCCGGUAUACAUUUUCAACUUAUUCAGCUCGACCUAAAAGACUAUCAGCUGCCGAUUUUCUACUUAAAGAAGGCCAAUCAAUGACAUGGUUGCUUGGUAAUAAGCUUAUUACAGUAACAACAAGUGGUUGUAGCAAUAAAGCAAUGCGAAAUGGACUUUGUGAUAACUGUUGGGUUGUAUGUAAACCUGGUCCUCAAUCUCCUGAACAUUCUAAAACAUCUCAAUCAACUUUAAGACGAGCAUCGAGCACAGAGACAGCAAAGGAGGACAAAUUAUCUAGACAGUCUUCUGGAGGUCAUGGUAGUUCUACUGCAAAUACAGCUGCAAAUUCUCCAACAGAGGAGUUAAAGAAAACAUCGGAAGAUUUAGAUCCAACAAAAAAAGAUCAUCCCACUGAAAAAGUGAAUAAAGACCAAGCAGAAUUAUCGAAAUUAGAACAAAUACUUAACAGUGAAAAACAAGAAGAACACGUUCUUUGCGCUUGUUGGUGUCAGGGUUGGGCUGAAAUAUAUGUGCGUAGACCUACAGGUGACAUGUCUUGGAUAAUGAGAAUUCAAAAUUCUAUGCAAUUUGAAACAAAUGUAGAUUUUCCUGUGUACGAUAUAAUGGCUUUAUAUAGGCCAAAUCAAGAUUUAAUGCAAAAACAGCCAGAAUCUACAUUCGAAUGUUCUGGGGAUGAAGCAGAGGACACUAUGGAUAAAAAUAUAGAUCAAGUACGAGGUGAUUAUAACAUGAAAUCUGUGAUAUCUUCUGUAUCAUCGGGUCCAAUUGCAAUACCUGGUUCACCGGCUCGACCGAGUCCUUCGAGGCAAAGUUCUCGUGAUAGUUUAGAAAGUUUAGAGGAUGGUGAAGAUGAUUUACGUCGUUCUCGAAAUCCUGUACGCAGAUCAAAUUCUAGUCCCGAAAUGAGUGCUAAUUGGAAAAAUCCAUUCUUGAAUAAAGAAAAACAAAAUUUGCAGCAAGUAGAUCGAGAUCUUUCAUCAGCAGAUAUAGAAGUUAAACUUGAUGCUGAAUUAAAAAAACCUGCGAAAACCACAUAUGCAAAAGAUAUGAGAGUUAGUUGUGAAGCUAUACCAGAAGAAAUGUUUGGUAUGGGUACAACACCUCCGUCAGAAAAUACAUCAGAUCAUCCAACUGCAUUACGAUCUCAACGUUCUUAUCCGGGCGCAACACAAGUCACUCAAAUUAUUACGACUACUAGCAAUACUGUUCCUCCAUCACCUACUACCAUACAG